CCCAUCCCAUUCCAUCACUCUCACCUUCACAUCCACCUAUUUCAUACCAUGAACCCAUCACCACCACACCACCAACCCUAAUCCCAAUAAUAAAAAGCCAAAAUGACCCUAAAACCCCUAACCAGCAGCAUCCACAUCAAAACGCAUCCAGCCCCGCGCUCCCUCUCCGAAAGCAAACUCAUUCUCUCCGCACUCCAGAAAUUCGGCGAAGUCGUGACAUUUCGAAAUCUAAAAUACGACCCCACAAACACAUCCCCCAAAUCCGCCCACAAUACCAUCGCAAUCUUCGAGUCCGCGGCCGCGGCGUCUUCGGCUAUUGCGGCGUCGCCGAUUACUAUCCCUGUACAAUCUCAAACACAAAAUCAAUCGCAAAGCCAGAGUCUAGAGGGAAAAGAUGAAUCUCCCUCGCAUACAGCCACACACCCCACACAAUCACAAUCACAACCACAACCACAACCCCAAGGACCGACCUUAACAUGCACGAUCCAGCCCUCACGACAUAACCACGUCUCGGCGAUGACGCGCAAUCCAUACCAUACGUUCUUCUACGUGGAUAAGGGAAGCCAUAUGUACAAGGAUCUGGUGAAGAGUGGCAUACCGUUGGAUUAUCUGGCGGAUGGGCCGAUGAGGAGGAAAGCGCAUGUGCCGGAGCGGGUGAAGAGGAUGCUGGAUCGGGAUGUGUGGAGAUUUGGGGGGAAGAGUUUGAUGGGGUUGUAUCGGUUUGGGGUGAAGAGGAAUGUUGGGAUGAUGAUUGUAUGAUUUGUUUCCUUUUUUUCCUCUGUAUAAUAGGUUGGAUCGGUUGGGUUGUACAUGUAUGUAUAGCGGGCUACGUACGUCACUUCGUUUAUUGUAAUUCUAAUAGGUGAUGGGUAGGUGGUGGGCGGGUACAUUAAUAGCUAUGGAUGAGGUUAAUGGC